AUGAAACACAACGCCGUACCCGCCUACCUAGUAAGCUCGUAUUGCGAGAAGUUUCCCACCGUAUCCUCGAAUCAGAUCUCUGUGGGUGUAAGACGCAUGGAACGGCGGGGUGGCAUGUCACAUAUGACUGGGAGGUUGUUGUCUUACGCAUACGAUCUGACUUCGCGAGUCAGUGAGCUAUGCCAUUGGGAAGGAGAAGUCGUACCAGAACCUUGGUAUGGCCCAUGCCAUUAUCUAACUAAUCAUCACUUAAUAACGGUGGGGAACUGCGGGGUUUCCUAUCCUGAAGCUGAACCAAUGCCCCUCAUGUGCUACCUCCUUGUAUUACUGCUUCUCUUCUUCUGCCUGUACACUUCUGCAGACGAAGUCUCGGAUGCCCUCAGCGCGACCCCGACUGCAACCAUAGGUGCAGGUCGUAUCAUUGGCACGACAACUGCGAUAGGUCCAACCGGCUCUUCCAUCGCCGUGAACAAGUUCCUCGGAAUCCCGUACGCGGCGCCGCCAACGAACGAGAACCGCUUCCGGCCUCCUCAACCUCCGGCACCAUGGCAGACCAGAGAUACCAAGCAAUUCUCGGCAUCCUGUCCUCAAGUUUUUGUCCAGAGCCCCGUAUCCAGUCGAGACUUCACCCGCGCUGUCUUCAACAAUCCCGCUCCGGCAGAAAGCGAAGACUGCCUCUACCUCAACGUGUUUGCUCCUAGAAAGGCCUGGGACCCAGCCCACCCACCCUAUCCCGUGCUUUUCUGGAUGUACGGCGGAGGCUGGCAGUUUGGCAAUGCUGGGCAACCCUGGUACGAUGGGUCGUACUUCGCCGCACUGGAGGAUGUAGUCGUUGUAAGUGUGAAUUAUCGAACCAACGCAUUCGGACUCCCCAUCGCACCCACCAUCACCAAUCUCACGGAACGCAAUCUUGCCGUGCUCGACCAACGAGCGGGGCUCCAAUGGGUACAAGAAAACAUCCGCUAUUUCGGCGGUGAUGCCUCGCGCGUCACCAUCUUCGGACAGUCUGCGGGCGCAUACGCAGUCGAUCUCCUGAUUACCUCGUACGCCCCCACUGCGCCUCGCCCGUUUCGAGCCGCCAUCAUGCAGAGCGGGAAUUAUGCGUAUAUACCUGCCGUUCUAUGUGACCCUGCUGGGUAUUACUCGUGGAAUGCACUGGCUGCGGAAUUGAAUUGUACAGGGACCGACGCGCAGAAGUUCACUUGCAUCAAAAGCCAGCCGUGGCAAAACAUCACGGCCGCGCAGGAAAGAAACUACACCAUUGGAUUCGGUCACGCUUGCGACAAUGUGACCGUCGUGUCCGAUCCGCGGACGCGCCUUGAGGCGGGGAAUGUGGCCAAUGUGCCCGUGAUAUUGGGCACAGAUACGGCAGACGGAAGUUUCUACACCAUCCAGUUCGUGUUCAAUACGGACGGCUACUUCCAAACCUAUUUCCCCGGGAAUCCGGGGCUCAGGGAUAGAGCGUUGGCGCAGUACCCGAUCGGCAGCGAGGGUAGGACUGACGCGCAAUAUCAGCUACAGCAGAUCCAUACCGACUGGUUCUUCCAUUGCCCAGCCGUGUGGUACGCCAACACCUACACAGCUCGCAACCCAACAUACCGCUACCUCUUCAACGCCACCUUCACCAACACGCGCGCCCAAUAUUCCAAUUGGCCGGCAGCAUAUCAAGGCGCGUAUCACACAUCCGAGAUUCCUAUAGCCUUCACCUCGUACGACAAGUCCACCGAGGAAGCAAGCGAAAGGGAUCUCUCCAACCUCAUGCGUAGAGCUUGGGCGAACUUUGCGAGAGACCCUACGAGCCCGCCUCUGUCGGAUUGGCCGCGUGCAACGCAAGCGGAGGGCGACGCCGAUGUCAUGGGAUUCGGUACGGACGGAAAGGGCGGUCAUGGGCCCGUUGUCGACGUGCACAAGUGUCGGUUUUGGGAGCAGGAGGGCUUUCGUACAAUACACGCUUGAUAAAUCCAAAUCGGAAGAUUGGUAUUCAUGAGUAGAUGCGUAAAUCGUUACUUCGCCCUCAAGCGGCAACC